AUUUGAAAUUGAUUAAUCACUAAUAAUGGGUUUUAAUUGCUUAAUGUUAGCUGUGUUUCUGUGUGGGUCAGUUUCCUCGGUAUUUACGGAGAAAUGCAUGCUGCCCAUCCCACAAGAAGAGCUUGAUAUUUCAAAGCUAGAAGACACAGUUUGGUACCUCGGAGUUCAAACUAACGACGCCGUUUCGGCAGCCGUGACAUGUGCUCGAGCGAACAAUUUUACAAUAACUUCUACGGGAUUUAAUGCUCAUACGGAAGAAUUUGGUGCUGGGUCUCACGAAACUGAUUUUAUCGGUCACUUUAUACGCCACAGACUAGGAGUUUACCACCGAAGUCCUGAAGACGAACCGUCUUUAAAAGCCGCACACGAGGACACGUUAGAAAAAUCUAAUGCCGAAGCGCGUAAAAUAGAUGAGGAAAACUUGCUCAAAGACGAUUACGUAUUUAUAACCGAUUAUUACAAUUACAUUGGAGUAAUGCUAUGUACCGCAGAAGGAGAAUGGCUUCUCUGGAAUUACUUCAGGCAACCAAAUCCAUCUCUAGAUAGUGUCAUCAAAUUUUACAACAAACUUCAUGAACUUGGUGUCUCUGCUCGUUUCCAUGCAUCUCGUUGCAACGAAAAAUAUUACACCGAGUAGAAGGAAAAUAACCGAACUUUCUAUACCGCCACAACUUAAUAAAUUCUUUUAUUUCGGAUGACCAAUUUCUAUUUUCACCGAGAGUUUCAUCAUGUUAUAUGGUUCAAACAUUUGUCACAUCAUUCAUUCUCAUAAACCAUUUUGGUUCAAUCGUUGAUUAAAUAUAUUCAGAUGAUUGCGAUAAUUAGUGCUCUGUGAUAACAUUUCGCUCCAAAUUCGGUAUUAAAGAAGUAAAUAUUCGCUUUUUAAAGAUAAUAAUAUAUUUAUAAAUGUCA